AGGAAAUGACGAAAGCGAUCUGUAGCUGAAAAUUGAAAUGGUUCACAGAAGCUCUUCCCAGCACAGAACCUCCAAGUUUCGUCCACGAAAAUCAUCUCCCCUUGCCCUAACUGUUCAAAUUCUCUGCAUUUUCGCAUUCUCCGUUUUCCUAUUUCUGAUUUACACAAGGAAUUCCUUGGAAGAUGAACAGAUGCAGCCUUUCUUGCCUAGAGAAUCCCAAUCCCAGCAGAGAAAGGAAACUCCGCAAAUUAUAGAAGGGCAACUCUGGCAUGCUCCUUUUAGCCAUGGUUUGCACCCAUGUAUCAAGCCAACUGCUAAAUAUAAAGCUGCCACAAAUUCAGGACGCUAUAUGACUGUGAAAAGUAAUGGAGGACUAAAUCAGAUGCGCACCGGUAUAGCGGACAUGGUGGCUGUGGCACGCAUUAUGAAUGCGACCUUAGUCAUUCCUCAACUGGAUAAACGGUCAUUUUGGCAUGACUCAAGUCUAUUUUCAGAUACAUUUGAUGAAAAUCAUUUCAUUGAAACCUUAAGAGGAGAUAUCCAUAUAGUCAAGGAGCUUCCUAAGGAAUUGGAAACAGCUCCUCGAGCUCGGAAGCAUUUCACUUCUUGGUCUAGUGUUGGUUACUAUGAAGAGACGAAGCAACUAUGGAAAGACUAUCAGGUGAUUCAUGUUGCAAAAUCAGAUUCUCGCCUUGCAAAUAAUGAUUUGCCUCUUGAUAUUCAGAGGUUAAGGUGUCGUGCUCUAUAUCAAGCCCUCCGCUUCUCUCCUCCGAUAGAGAGCCUUGGAAAGAAGCUGGUGGAGCGGCUCAGAUCACGUGGAGAAAGAUACAUUGCUCUUCAUCUGAGGUAUGAGAAAGACAUGCUAUCUUUUACUGGCUGUACAUAUGGAUUGACUGAUGCUGAAUCUGAGGAGCUGAAGAUAAUGAGGGAAAACACAAACCAUUGGAAGGUUAAAAGGAUAAACUCAACUGAGCAAAGAGCAGGAGGCUUUUGUCCAUUAACUCCCAAGGAGGUGGGGAUAUUUCUUCGAGCUCUUGGCUAUUCUUCAUCAACACAAAUUUAUAUCGCAGCUGGAGAAAUCUAUGGUGGCGAUAGUUACCUUUUAGAGCUCAAAUCCCGCUUCCCAAAUAUCAUUUUCAAGGAAACAGUUGCUACCAAGGAUGAGCUGAGAGCCUUUGCUAAUCAUGCAUCUCAGACUGCUGCUCUUGAUUACGUUAUUUCCGUAGAGAGCGAUGUGUUUGUUCCAUCAUAUUCUGGUAACAUGGCAAGAGCUGUUGAGGGGCACCGCAGAUUUCUAGGUCACCACAAGACAAUUUCUCCAGAUAGGAAAGGACUUGUUGAAAUCUUUGACAAGCUUAACAAUGGAAAGCUAGAAGAAGCUUCAUUGCCUCAUCUUGUGCAGCGGAUGCACUCGAACAGGCAAGGAGCUCCAAGGAAGAGAUAUGGUCCAUUGCCAGGAAUAAAAGGUCGAGGACGCUUCAAGACGGAAGAAUCUUUCUAUGAAAAUCCUUACCCCGAGUGUAUAUGUUCUUCGAAAAAGCAGUCAGAAUGACAAAUGUACAGGUUUAUGCAGAUUAAAGGCUGGGUAUUCAAUUUUGUUCUGAUUCAUGCAAAAUAUUUUUUUUUGAGAAAUGUAAACCAGUCGGUUAUUUUUUUUAGUGGAAACUAUUGCUAAGCU